AUGGAUCAGGACGUAGUAGCUCCAUGGAGGGAACUGGUGGUGAUUAUGGAGGAAAGCCUCCUCUUUGAUUAUGCGGGAAAGAAUAAUCCCUCGAUGGCAGAAGAGGAGGUGGUGGUGGUGGGUAGUGGUCUAAUCGUGGUGGUGGAAGCAAGGCGGAAACAGGAGAAUGGAGAGUGGGAUGGAUGA